AUGGGUUCUACCACCACCAAUGUUGAGGCCAUUCUUGCCUCGUUGACGCUCGACGAGAAGAUCUCCCUCCUCGCCGGCGCCAACUUCUGGGAAACCGUCGCGAUCCCGGACAAAGGCGUGCCCUCGCUCAAGACCAGCGACGGGCCGAACGGUGCGCGCGGAGCCGAGUUCGCGCACGGCACGACGGCGGCAUGCUUCCCGGCAUCAGUAUGCCUGGCGUCGACGUUCGACGUGGAGCUGGCGGGGCGGGUGGGCAGCGCCUUGGCCGAGGAGACGCUGUCCAAGGGCGCGCGCGUGCUGCUGGCGCCGACCGUGUGCCUGCACCGGCACCCGCUGGGCGGGCGCAACUUCGAGUCCUUCUCCGAGGACCCGCUGCUGGCGGGCAAGCUGGCGGCGGCGUACAUCCGCGGCCUGCAGGCGCGCGGCGUCGGCGCGACGAUCAAGCACUUCGCCGCCAACGAGCAGGAGACGCAGCGCUUCACCGUCAACGAGACGAUUUCGGAGCGCGCGCUGCGCGAGCUCUACCUCAAGCCGUUCGAGAUCGCCAUCAAGGAGGCGCAGCCGUGGGCCGUCAUGACGAGCUACAACCUCGUCAACGGCACGCACGCCGACGGCCACGAGUUCCUGCUCAAGAAGGUGCUCCGGGGCGACUGGGGCUGGAAGGGCCUGGUCAUGAGCGACUGGGGCGGAACCAACUCGACGGCCGAGAGCAUCAACGCCGGCAUGGACCUGGAGAUGCCCGGCCCGACCAAGUGGCGCAAGGUCGAGGACGUCAAGGCGGCUAUCAAGGCGGGGACGACGACCGAGCAGGCCGUCACCGAGAGGGCCAGGAACGUGCUCGAGCUGCUGGUCAAGACGCGUCAGUUUGAGGACCCCGUCACGCCGCCCGAGAAGGCAAUCAACAGGCCGGAGGCUCAGCAGCUCAUUCGUGAGGUUGGCGGCGCCGGUGCGGUGUUGUUGAAGAAUAAGGACGGAGUGUUGCCGAUCAAGAAGGAGAGGCUGCAGAAGAAGAAGAUUGCGGUGCUGGGACACGCAAAGGACUCUUUGAUCCAUGGCGGUGGAAGCGCUUCGGUCAACGCUCACUACAAGAUCACCCCCUAUGAAGGCCUGAAGGCUGCACUUGGAGACGAGGUGGAGCUGCUUUAUGCAAAGGGUGCGCACACUUUCCGUCUUCUGCCGCCGAUGGGCAAGGGCGUCAAGGACUACGAAGGCUCCGCUGGCUGGACUCUUCAGCGCUUCGACACCGAAGACUACUCCAAGUCGCCCGUCGGCACCAAGAACAUCCCUACGUCCAACUGGGCGCCCAUCCUCUCGACAGAAAUCGCCGAGACGUGCAAGCUCACGGGAACCUUCACGCCCGAGACGACGGGCAAGCACUACCUGGGCUUCUCCGGCCUCGGCCCCUCCAAGCUCUUCAUCAACGGCGAGCUCGUCUCGGAGCAGAAGCACAACUACCAGGACCCCAUGGGCUUCCUCCUCGGCGGCGGCAAGCAGGAGAACUUCCAGUACCACUUCGAAGCCGGCAAGCAGUACGCGAUCGAGGCGCAGUCGCGGCGGCCGCAGGUCAACAACAGCGGGCUCAGCAUCCUGGACAAGUGCAUGGGCUUCUACCUGGGCUUCAUGCCCGAGGAGGAGCACGACGAGGACAUCCAGGCGCAGGCGGUGGCGGCGGCGCGCGCGGCCGACGUGGCCGUCGUCUUCACGGGCCACACCAAGGACUGGGAGACCGAGGGCCAGGACCAGGCGUCGUUCCACCUGCCGGCCGACGGCUCGCAGGACGCCCUCGUGGCCGCCGUCGCCGCGGCCAACCCCAACACCGUCGUCGUCAACAGCACCGGCGUCGCCGUCGCCAUGCCGUGGAUCGACGACGUCGCCGCCGUCGUGCAGACCUGGUUCCCGGGACAGGAGGCCGGCAACGCCAUCGCCGACGUGCUGCUCGGCACCGUCAACCCGUCGGGCCGCCUGCCGACGAGCUUCCCGCGCCGCCUGGAGGACGCGCCCGCGCACGGCAACUUCCCGGGCGAGUACGUCGACGGCAGGCUGGAGGUGAAGUAUGCGGAGGACGUGUUCAUGGGGUACAGGCACUUCGACCGCGUGGGCAGCGACAAGGUGCUGUUCCCGUUCGGCUUCGGCCUCAGCUACACGUCCUUCGCGCUCAGCGGCUUCCACGUCCAGCCCAACGAGCAGGUCUUCGACGUCGCCGUCAGCGUCACGAAUACGGGCGCCGUGGCCGGCGCGCAGGUCGUCCAGGUGUAUGCGGGCCCGGCCGGGAAGACGGCCGUUGAGGUGCCGGUGAAGCAGCUCGUCGGGUUCCAGCGCGUGGUGCUUCAGCCGGGCGAGACGAAGGCGGUGCAGGUGCCUGUGCCGGUGAGGAGCUUGGCCUACUUCGACGAGGGCGUCGGCAAGUGGGUGGUUGAGAAGGGCGAGUACAAGAUCAUGAUUGGCGAGUCGUCGGCCGACAUUAAGGAGAGCAGCGUCGUUAACGUGGCGGAGAAAAUUGAGUUUGCGCCGUAA